AAAAAAAAAAAAAAAAAAAAAAAAAAAAAAAAGGAAAAACAAUUCACCCUCCUUAUUUGCGCGCAUGGCGGGAUUUCAAGGAGUACUGUAAUUGAAAGUGCAUCUUCUACAUUUGAGGAAGGACAAGUUCUUCAUUGAAUGGUGGAUUACUAAGUCUUAUCCUAAGACUGAAAAUAAGAUAUCCUGGAAGUUGGAAAGAACUGGAUUUUCACCCUAGUCCAGCAGCUUUGCUGCUCACUUAAACACAGAUGAAUGAAGACCCCAUUUGGAAAAUCACCAGGUCAGCGGUCCAGAGCUGAUGCAGGUCAUGCAGGAGUGUCUGCCAGCAUGAUGAAGAAAAGAACAUCCCACAAAAAACAUAGAAACAAUGUGGGACCAAGCAAACCUAUUUCUCAGCCACGAAGAAAUAUUGUAGGCUGCAGGAUACAGCAUGGAUGGAAAGAAGGGAGUGGACCUGUAACACAAUGGAAGGGCACAGUUCUUGAUCAAGUUCCUGUAAAUCCCUCGCUCUAUCUCAUAAAGUAUGAUGGAUUUGAUUGUGUGUAUGGACUAGAACUUCACAAAGAUGAAAGAGUUUCAGCACUUGAAGUUCUUCCAGACAGAGUUGCUUCGUCUCGAAUUAGUGAUGCCCACCUGGCAGACACAAUGAUUGGUAAAGCUGUGGAACAUAUGUUUGAGACAGAGGAUGGCUCAAAAGAUGAAUGGAGGGGGAUGGUUUUGGCUCGAGCUCCUAUUAUGAACACAUGGUUUUAUAUUACCUAUGAGAAAGAUCCCGUCUUGUACAUGUACCAGCUCUUAGAUGAUUAUAAAGAAGGUGACCUUCGCAUUAUGCCUGAUUCAAAUGAUUCACCUCCUGCAGAACGGGAACCAGGUGAAGUUGUGGACAGCCUGGUAGGCAAACAAGUGGAAUAUGCCAAAGAAGAUGGCUCGAAAAGGACUGGCAUGGUCAUUCAUCAAGUUGAAGCCAAACCAUCUGUCUAUUUCAUCAAGUUUGAUGAUGAUUUCCAUAUUUAUGUCUACGAUUUGGUGAAGACAUCCUAGACAUCAUCAUGAACUUUUGCCAAAUUUGUGGAACUAUUAAAUGUAAAAUUUGUAGACACAAAGACUUGACUGCUUUCCAGUUUAACGAAAGCUUAAAUGUCCCUGCGAACCCACAAUCUCUGCCAGCAAAACUGUUUUGUUCUGAGUAAUACAAACAUGACACAUUUUGUGUAAGAGAACUCCUUUUCUUGAAGGAAGUCAGUAUGUUUGGGCAGGAGGGAGUUAAAAGCAAAGAACAGCUGCAAAUUCAAGCUGUGUAAAGUUGAUCUAGUAUUGUAAUCAUUAAUCUAAAUUUUUUCAUAGAUUUUGACUUUUUCUUCAAUCUUGCACUCACUUGUUCAACUGCCACAUGCAAGUGUAGUUUGAUAUUUUGAUACGCCUUCUUUUGUAACAUUAAAUUUAAUUUCUUGGAUACUGGCAGUCCUUGUUUUCAGGGUUGGGACAGAGGUGACUUUUCUGAAAGGUUUAAAUAGUUUGUGCAGUAUCAAGGAGUGCCUAACCUAAGUAACAUCAAUCUGCUGUGUUUCUACACUUUAUUUCAAAUUUAGCUUUUUAAGAACUUGCAGUGCGUGGAAAUGCUUGUGCAUUUUUUACUAGUCACAGGGCAGUAGGAUAACAAGUGUUUGGAUUACGCACCUUUCAGUGAAAUGGCUUUAAACUAUAAAAUUACAUUUAAUCUGUAUAAUAACUUAAUUAAAAUAUGCAGGUUAAUGGCCCAUAUUUACAAGUUGUAGGAACCAGUAAAAUACAUGCAACAAGGCUGCCUUCAAUCCUAAAUGUACUUCUUUGUUUGUUAUACACACUUCUCAGCAAAACCCAAGUGCUUGGUGCCACAACUUUAACAGUAUAUAUGCUACUUCAGAAGACUUUAGACUACACAUUGGCAUCAGUAGUCUCUCAUUUAAUAUCAAAUCUAGCAACCUGAAUGUUUUUGUGUGAACUUAGAAGCCUAACAGUAGUUAAUAUUUUACAUGGUAAAUACAAUCUCACGCCAGGGAAGUGGGAGGGGGUGUCCUUUUACAGUGAAAAUGUAACUUUAGAGAAGGAGAAGCAUUUGUUGCCUUCUGCUCAGUCUGUUGCAUUCCUUUGUGUUGGUUUGCUUUUAAUCAUUUUGGUUCAAGAAGGCAUCUUCCCAGUUUAUUAUUUUCUGGCUUUUCCACAUAAGGAGUGUCUGGACAAAUCUGCAGUUUAAACCUGUUGUUGCCUUUUGUGGUGUACAUUGUACUUGCUUUGAGGUAUGCUGUUAACGUUAAUUUCAUUCUAUGAACACUAGAGUUCUGCAUGCCAGUGGUGUACUAUCUAAUGGAAGCUAUAGGCAGUCUCAGUGGUUCAGUCAUCUGCAUUAGAUUGUGGAUGUAAAUAGCAGCCCACAACUGCAAAAUCUUUUCAUGGUUAUAAUCUUGCAAGAUAGUUGUACAUGAAAAUUAGGGUUUCUUAAGUGUGGCAGCUUUUAAAAACAAUGGAAUUGGAACAACAAUGCAGCACAGCAACAAGGUUGUCAUGUUACAGUAAGGCAGAGCUCUGCAAGUUUCAAAGAACUGCUUCACAGAAGUACAGAAUGUGAAGACAGUUAACACUGUUGAUGGAAGGAACAAGUACCCUGAUAUCCAACUGUGUGCCAUUAGUGGAAGAAUGCAGGAGAGGUGCUGUUAAUUAGAGGACGGAGGUGCAGAUGACCUCUGUUGUGGGUAUUCUUGAUAUAGAGGACUCAGUGGUUUAAGCCCCUUUCUGUCCAUUUUUUUGCCUGAUUUCAUAUUUUAGCCUUAAGGCUUGUGCCUCAUUAUGCUGUUGAAUGGUAAUAAAUACUCUCCGUAUAAAUAUGAUACCUUAAUUCUUUGUCCAUUGCUACUAUAUUGCAUUAUGUCUAGUAUUUCAUCAUGGGCAACCAAAGGCAGGCUAUUGUAUUUCAGUGAAUAGCUUCUCAAUGCAGUCCUUAUGCAGUAAGUACCUGAGUCAUAAAUGUUUCUUGUGUUUGAACAAAGUGAGCAGAUUUGCAACACAAGUGUUUUCAUCCUGCAGAUCUGUUGUGUUUUCUAUUGACUCUUAAGAGUCCUGCAUGUAAAUCUCAAAGCUGAGCCUGGCUCCAUGAGCCCAAGUCGAUAUUUGUGGCACAGGAAUGAGUGAGUGUAUUAAUUACACACGAGAUACAUGAAUAACCUAGUACACUGAACUUGGGACUAUAUAUCUGGGGAAUAAGAGGUUCGUUUUGAAAUAUCUGAGGUUUAGGUCUACUGGAACACUUUCAGCAUUAGGCUUGCAUUUGUGGGUUUUCUGCAAGCCAGUUGAAUACACUAUGUAUUCUGACAAUUAGAGUACAAUCUACAAACUGUAAAUUUCACGGUUGUUUUUUGAUGUUCCCGUUGUCUGUUGCGUGGGUAUUUUCUUUUAUUUUCUUUUUAUUACUGUUUUUUUUUUAAUUUUUUUUGAUAGCUUAAACCACAGUUUUGAGGCUUGAGACUAAUUCCACUCCCUGCCCAUCUGCUUUGGGCUUUGUUUUAGGCUCAUGUUUCAGAUCUGCAUGCAGUGCUUGCGUUACCCUGGUAACUAAAUGUUGGUUCCUUGUUAUAGGGGUUCAACAUUACUUUCCAAAAUCACAUAGGGCUUGUGAUGGCACAAGCCAUGGAUCUUUGUAUAAAAGUUAUUCACCUUUCACAUUUACCUGCUGUAGUAUUGUUGUAUAUUGUGUGUGUGCGUGUGUGAUGUCAGGCUGCCAUGUAAAACUUAAAAGGGAAAAAAAAAAACCCCAACUUAAAUGCAGACCAUCCUUUUUUGCAUGCUUAGAGGGUUAGAACAUUCAAUGUAACAAACUAAAGUUGCAUGUUAAAAUGUUUAGGUUUUUGUUUUGUUCUGUUUUUAUUUUGUGUUCAGUUUUUUGUGAAUUUGCUUAUUGUGCUGUUUUAAUGGUUGUUAGUAGGAUUAAAUGCACCGGUGAGACGAGCAUAGUGCCAACGGAAGGUAAUUUUCCAGUUGUAUGUGUCAUACAGCAUUUGAAGGGACCAUGUAUUCUGUUAAAGAAAAAAUAAAAUUUCAGUUGAAUAGAAGAA